UUCAACAACAGCCGGCUGUACGUAAACAGCUGAUUGUUGUUUUGUUGUUUUCCCCAUGUAAUAUUUAAUUUUAUAUAAACAAAUCAAAGAUACCUAUAUAUUAUUGUAAUCUCAUUAAAUGAUUGAAUAAAUUGUUACGUACCAGUAAAUAAAAAUAAAUAAAUAAAAAUAGUUGAAUAUUUAUUAAUUCAUCAACACACAAAAAGAAUGCCACAUGUUAAUGUCAAUGAGUUGAUAACUUUUAAGGAUAUUCCCCUGGAUGUUUUAGUUAAAUAUUGUGAUGAAAGAAAAAUAUCAAAUGAAAUUAGAGUAUAUUUGGAAAUAAUUCUAGGACAACUAGAAUCAUUGAUAAAAAAUAAUGAUGAGCUUACUGAUGAAUGGAUUCAUAAUACUUUCUGGAGAUUGGAAGCUUGUGUUGAUCGUACUUGGGAAGCAUUGAACACUGGAUACUGGAAAGAUGUACCAAUUCGAGAAAGACAUUGUUAUACAAUUUGCAGUGUUAUGAAGUGCAUGUUACUGGAGAUUGAUUGGAAUACCAAUGACAAUAAAAUUGAUGAAAAUGGUAAAGAUAAAAUGGAAGCACUUGUUGAACAAAUUGACAAAGGUUUAUUGCUUGGUGCUCCACUUGAUGAAGCUCCUGAUAUGUUGACUAAAAUGGCAACAAGAUUUAAUAAAUAUUUUUCAGAUAAAAUAGCAGGUAGCAGUAUAAAUAUUUUAGAAUGUGAAAAUGAUAAAUUAUCAAAAGAACUUUUACCAGGAUUUGGAUGGAUAAAAAGAUACAAAUGUCCAUCAAUGGAAACAUUUUAUAGAGAUAUAUUUGUUAAAAAAGUACCAGCAGUAUUAGAAGAUUGCAUGAAGCACUGGAAAGCUUUGGAAUUAUGGAAAGAUCCAAAAUACUUGAUAAAUAUUGCUGGAAUAAGAACAGUUCCAAUUGAAGUUGGAUCACGUUACACUGAUGAAGAUUGGUCUCAGUGUCUCGUGACAUUUGCUGAUUUUAUCAAGUCACACAUGAGCAAAGACAGCAAAACAAUUGGAUAUCUUGCCCAGCAUCAACUUUUUGAACAAAUACCAGAGUUGAAAGAGGAUUUUUCUGUACCAGAUUAUUGUACAUUUUUUGAUGAACCAGGUGAAAUUAAAAUGCCAGAUAUAAAUGCAUGGUUUGGACCAAAAGGCACCAUAUCACCAAAUCAUUUUGAUCCAAAGAAUAAUCUACUGUGUCAGGUACUUGGUACCAAGCAAAUAUUUUUAUAUCCUCCUGAAGAUGCUGAAAAUCUUUAUCCAUUUGAGGGAAUGAUAAGUAACACAGGACAAGCUGAUCCACUUAAUCCUGAUUAUGAAAAAUUUCCAAACUUUAAAAAAGCCAGUGGAACUAUGUGUUAUCUUGGUCCUGGAGAAAUGUUAUUUAUUCCACCUGGAUGGUGGCAUCACAUUGUCAGUUUGUCACCAAGUUUUUCCAUCAGUUUUUGGUGGUAAUAAAAAUUCAUUGGAAAAUAAAAGAACAAAGAACUGAUAUACAAUAAAAUUGAGGAAAUUUAUUUUUUCAAAAAGGAAAUACAAUUUUAUCAUAAACCCUGGUCGCAAUUCGUGAUCUGCAGUAAAAAUUUCGCCAAUAAUUUUUCCAAACAGCUUGAUUCAAUUCACUCGUGAAGAAAACAUCCUGUUGUUUUUCAUUUUUAAUUAUACAAUUUUUACGGUUGAAUCCUUUUUCAUCGAAAUACAAAUGUAGCGAAUCGUAAGACAAAAAAUACUCCAUUUUAAUCGAAAGCUUUUUAAUGACUGAAUAAAAUAAUU